AUGUACGCCUCUAUCCUUUCUCUCGCCCUUGCCAUUGCACCCGCCGUACUCGCAGCUACUCCCUCCAACUACGGCGGCUGGAAUAUCGCUAUUGAGGACAACAACUUUGAGUACGGCUACCGUUCCACCCACGUCGAUGUUUUAUAUAUAGACGCCAACACUGCAAGUGGUGAGCCCGUCGCCGCUGACUGCCAGACUAUCAAAAGGCCCGGUGCGGCUCCAGCAGAUACUGGAUGCGCUCCUGCCAGUUUCAACUACACCUUGGACGGCGACGUCGGUGUUGCCGGAUCAUACUCGUUUGCGCUUGAGCAGACCGUGACGCUCAAUGGCACCGAGGUCACUGUAUAUGGUGCCAAGCUGAUCGAAAUCAAGUGCACUCCUCACUCCGAAGAUGACUUGACAUACACGCAGUGCAAGGGUAAUGCUAUCGUUAGAGUGGAUAAGACUGGAGAUGAGAUCAUUGACUAG